UCAUCAGCAGCAGCAGCUCUUCCUGCUCAGAUGUGACUCAACCAGAGUGGGAAGAGAGCUCUCCUUCUCCUUCUCCUUCUCCUCCUCCUCCUCCUCCUCCGUCUUCUUCUUCUUCUUCUUCUUCUCCUCCGGGGACGUCUCUGACAAAGCUGUUUGAAAGUCGCAGGAGAGAGAAAAAGCCGUUUCUCGAGCUUCGCCGCUGACGCGCUCCGCUAAAUGGAUUGGCUGUAGGGGUUUGUCCGGGAAAAGAAGGCGAGGAGAAAACUCUGCUGAAGUUUGUUUGAGCCCUCCGCGGCUGCUCUGGAUUUCAACAGAUCCACUUUCUGCUCGGAAGACCCGGGUCUCUCUGCGGCUGCUUCCUGGACUCGCUGCCUGUGCGUCCUGCAUGCACGGAUCUACUUGGCCCGCUUGGUAUUCUUUUUUCUCCUCUUCUUACCGCUCCGUUUUUUCCGCUGUUCCCCACUUGCGUCAUGACUUCUAGCUAUGCACAUGUAAUGGACAGGCAAGCCACGAUAUCAAACCGCCUGGAGAGUCCGAUCACGUCUAACCUGGACAACCUGCAAGCCAAAAAGAACUUCUCGGUCAGCCACCUGUUGGAUCUGGAAGAGGCCGGGGAAAUGGUCGGCACCCAGGCGGACGAGAGCGUCGGGGAGGCGGGGAGGAGUAUGCUGGAGUCCCCGGGGCUGACCAGCGGGAGCGACACGACCCAGCAGGAGAAUGAACAGAUGAACACGGAGGAGAAGAAGAAGAGGAAGCAGCGCAGGAACAGGACCACCUUCAACAGCAGCCAGCUCCAGGCUCUGGAGAGAGUGUUUGAGAGGACACACUACCCCGACGCCUUCGUCAGGGAGGACCUCGCCCGCCGGGUCAACCUCACCGAGGCCAGAGUCCAGGUUUGGUUUCAGAACAGGAGGGCUAAGUUCCGCAGGAACGAGCGCGCCAUGCUGGCCAGCAAAAACGCCUCGCUCCUCAAAUCCUACUCAGGAGAUGUGACGGCGGUGGAGCAGCCGAUCGUACCGCGCCCUGCACCGCGCCCGAAUGACUACCUGUCCUGGGGCAGCGCUGCCCCCUACAGCUGGUAUCCGAUGCCGGAGGGGGGGCCAGUGCGAGUACCACAGAAAAUGCUGCCCUCAGAGAACAACGCCAUGGCCACCUACCCGCCCACCUGCUCCAACACCAACACGUCCCAGGGAAUGAACAUGGCCAACAGCAUCGCCAACCUGCGGCUCAAAGCCAAGGAAUACAGCUUGAACCAGGUGCCCACGGUCAACUGAGAGGAGGGGAGGCUGGGGGCUCGCACAGGAGGGGGAGGGGAGGGGACCCUCUCUGCCGCUGGACCCCCGCAGUCGGACACCGUCUCUGGGAUGAGCAUCAUCUCACGUAACCUGGAUCGUGACGUCUCCUCUCCUUUCUGGAGCAGCCUCCAUGGCGUACUACUACACUUAUAUGCAAAAUGAAGGACACCGAGUGGUGUCAGGAUCUCCCCCCAAGUCGCCUUAUUUUUCCCUCCUGAGCAUCACUGAACUCUCUGUACAAAAAGACAUCUAGAUUGGAUGUUGUAGCUGAAUAUCCGCAUAGUUUUACAUUUGUGAUUGUGACUGAAAUGGAGGGCAAGUUUCUCAAAGAUCUUUUUCCUUUUUUAAUCAGAGAUCUUGUUCUCGACGGAGACUCAUGUACGGACUACGUGGAAUUCCCUUUGUUCCCUUUGGCUGGUGUUGGAUAAAGUUACACACCAAAACUGGGAUCAUCAGCUCUUUUUUUCCUUUUUAAAAUCAACAACAAACCGACAAGGACUUCCUCUGACAUUUAUACAAUUUUUUUUAAAAGAUAGUUUUUGUUUUUUCACAUUUCUUUCCAUGUUAUACCACUGACAAGCAAACAUGUUCGACGCAUUUUGAUUUUCAUGUAAUAGUCCAGUAUAAAGGAGAGGCUAAUGUAUUUCUGAAUCCAAAACCAGUAGAUUCUCCUUAUUUCCUAUGAUAUCCUUUAUCUGUAACAGAAUAAAAACUUGUAUAUUAAUAAAAAUGCAUUUCAAGCAA